AUGCAUCGAAAGGCAGUCGGUCAUCAUUUGCAACCUCGAAAAAUAGAGCCAACUCAUACCUACUUGUCCUUCGUUGCCCAGGUUCACACUUCCAAGAUGGGAAUCCUCUAUGGCAUUGCUGGAAUCAUUGUAUUGAUUGCGGGUUACUGGAUUGACGAAACCUACACCUACGAUGAUGGAAGGUGGUUGAUCGCCGCCUCCAUGGCUCCUGGUAUUGUGGUUGGACUUUGGAGCGCCAUGUCCGUAGAGAUUACCGGAUUACCUGAACUGGUCGGUGCCUUCAACGGAUUUGGAGGACUUGCCGCCGCAUUGGAAGGUAUUGGUCUCUACCUUGAUCCGAAUGCCAAGAAUUUUGUCCGAGGAGGCGUUAUCAUCGCCGAACAAACAGACGCCAUGUUGUGGGUCCAAGCCAUUGCUUUGGUCUUGUCCAUUGUGAUUGGUAUGAUGACCUUCACGGGAAGUAUGAUUGCCUGCUUCAAACUUCAUGGAACUAUUGCUUCCAAGCCAAGAGUCAUUCCAUUCCGCCUUGGUGUGACUUUCUUGUUCUUCGCUGCCAUGGCCAUCUUUGGUGCAUUGGCCUUCACUGCCGGACAAGACUGGAAUGAUCGUGGACUCGGCUUGGCAUUCAUCAUCAUUGUCGCGGUCCUCGCAAGUAUUUACGGUGUGAUUGCUGUCAUGGCAAUUGGUGGAGGUGAUAUGCCUGUCUCGAUUUCAUUCCUCAACAGUCUCUCUGGGUUCUCGACAAGUAUGGCUGGGUUCAUGCUCGCCAACAAGGCCCUAGUUGUUUCUGGUGCAUUUGUUGGAUGCAGUGGAAUCAUCUUGACUCUUGUCAUGUGCAUGGCGAUGAAUCGAUCUAUCAAGAAUGUACUCAUCGGUGACUUUGGAGAUGGCGCUGGGGGUGGGGCCAAGAAGACCAAGAAGGCCGAAGGAAAUGUCAAGGAAGUCAGUGCUGAAGACGUCAUUGAAAUGAUGACCGAUGCUAAGUCCAUGAUCAUUGUCCCUGGAUAUGGAAUGGCAGUCGCAAAAGCUCAACACGCAAUUGCUGAAUUGACCAGCAAGCUUCGUGCCCGUGGCAACAAUGUUCGCUUUGCUAUCCAUCCAGUCGCUGGCCGUCUUCCAGGUCACAUGAACGUCUUGCUCGCUGAAGCCCAUGUACCCUAUGACAUUACAUUUGCCAUGGAUGAUAUUAAUGCUGAAUUUCCUGAAGCCGAUUUGGCUCUUGUCCUUGGAGCGAACGACACUGUCAACCCAGCUGCCCAGACCGAUCCGGAUUCUCCAAUUGCUGGAAUGCCUGUGCUCGAAGUUUGGAAGGCCAAAAAAUCUAUCACCAUGAAGAGAAGUCUCCGUGUCGGUUACGCAGGUGUUGACAACCCAUUGUUUGUAAAGGACAACAACUAUAUGUUCCUUGGCGAUGCAAAGGAUAGUCUCGAGAAGCUUCUUGGUUUGUUGGGCGAUGAAAACGUUGACAAAGCAAAGGACGCUGAUGUUGAGAACGCGAAGAAUGCCAAGAAGGCGAAGAAGGAAGUGCGGGUUGACCCAUUCUUUACCAAGAUCCCUGAACUUCAGAGCCAAGCCUUCCUUAAGGUUGGAAUUUGUAAGGAAAUUGCUGAAGAAAGCGAGAAGCGUGUCGCAAUGGUCCCAGAUAUCGCCAAAAGGUUGUUGAAGUCGGGAAUCCAAGUUGUCCUCGAAACUACUGCUGGCGAUGGAGGUGGCUUCCUCGAUGGCGAGUAUGCGAAGAUGGGAUGCCAAAUUCUCAGCAGCGCACAAGAAGUCUACGACUCUGCCGAUGUUGUGAUCAAGAUCCGCGAACCUGAAAUGCACCCAGUCACUGGAAAACAUGAAAUUGACAUGUUGAAAAGUGGAAAGACAAUGAUCAGUUUUGUUGGACCAAGAACAGAUAAAGGAAAGGGCCUCAUGGAACAAGCGAAGGCUGCGGGAAUCAACCUCUUGGCUGUCGAUGCCAUUCCUCGUGUAUCUCGAGCCCAAAGUUUGGACGUUCUCAGUUCUCAAGCCAAGAUUGCUGGUUACCGUGCUGUAGUCGAGGCUUCCAACGUUUACCAACGUUUCUUGAAUGGUGAAAUGACCGCUGCUGGAAGCUUUGCAGCAUCCAAGGUGCUUGUUGUAGGUGCUGGCGUCGCGGGAUUAGCUGCCAUCAGCACUGCCUCAAACAUGGGAGCUAUCGUUCGAGCCUUUGAUACUCGUCUCGAAUGUAAGGAACAAGUCGAAUCACUUGGUGGGGAAUUCUUGAUCCUUGACUUUGCAGAAGAUGGCGGUGAUGGUGGAACCGGAUAUGCGAAGGUCAUGAGUGAUGCCUUUUACCAGAAGGAGAUGGAAAUGUUCCGCGAACAAGCCAAGGAAUGUCAAAUCAUUAUCACCACUGCUGCCAUUCCAGGUCGUCCAGCGCCGAAGCUCAUCAUGAAGGAUGUUGUGGACAAUCUUGCGACUGGCAGUGUCAUUGUGGAUCUUGCCGGAGCGACUGGUGGAAACUGUGAACUCACCAAACCUGGAGAGACCUAUGUGUACGACAACCGCGUCACCAUUAUCGGCAUUACUGAUCUUAUCAGCCGCAUGUCCUGGCAAGCGUCCAGCAUGUACAGUAACAACAUGGCUAACCUCAUGGACUUGUUGUGCCCCAAGCCUUCAGAGAAGGACGAGCAAAAGAAGCUCUUUAUCGACAUGGACGAUCCCGUUAUUCGUGGUAUGACUUGCGUCCACGAAAAUGAAAUCACAUUUCCUCCACCCCAGAGCAUCAGCAAUACAGGUGCUCAAAACAAGGAGGAAGACGACGACGACGACGACGGCGAGUAUCAAAUCGCUCGAGAAGACAAGAAGCCUUCUGUCUUCUCCAAGAGAGUCCUCGACCUUGCCACCGUUGGCGAGUUCUGUUCCAUCUUAUUCUUUAUUGGAUUCUUUAUCAUCUUGGGCUUUUUCGCUCCUGUCUCCUUUGUCCAACAGCUCUUGUACUUCAUCUUGGCUGGAAUCCUUGGAUACUACUUGAUCUGGGCCGUUGAACCCGCCCUCUUUAGUCCACUGAUGAGUACCAGUAACUCUCUUUCCGGGGUCGUCAUUUUGGGUGGUAUUCUCAUGGCAAGCACCGAAACUGGUACCCCCACCAAUGUCCUUGGUUGCAUCGCUAUCUCAGUUGCGGCAAUCAAUGUCUUUGGAGGCUUUGCCGUGUCCUACCGUAUGCUCUUGAUGUUCAAGAAGGAGAAGCAGUAG